AUGUCUACACGAGCCCCUUCGAGAGCGCUGCGAGCACUAUCCGGCCGCCCAGUAUGUUCCAGCUGCGCUGCUGCGUCCAUCAGACCGAUGGUGUCCGCGCGCAUCAUUCGGGCGCCAUUCGGUUCCAAGAAAAGAUUCAAUUCGACAACGAGCGAGAUUCCAGCGGGAAUUACUAUCCGGCCAUAUGUCGAGCCGGUGGGAAAGAAGCAUCGAGCACAUCAUGGACCCAGAGAUCGAAUUACUCAUCGUAUACCGGAGCUCUCCCUGUCCCUCUCAUCAAGCGGUGAGGAGGUCGUCCUUGCCGGCUGGCUAUACUCACAGCGACGAGCAUCCGAGAAUCUCCACUUCUUCACCCUCCGCGAUUCCAGCGGCGAGUCGGUCCAGCUCGUAUGUCGGGACAAAAGUUCCGCCGAGCUAUUGAUGGGUCUGCCACUGGAGUCUGUCGUUCAGGUAUCUGGUGCAGUCAAGGCGAAGAAACAGAAAAAGGCCGCUUCGGCCGCUGUGGGCAGUGCAGACAAGCCGGCGGAUGAGCUGGAGAUUGAGGUUUCUGGGGCUAUAUUGCUUAACCCGGCUGAAGAGAGCUUGCCUUUCUAUCCUAAUCGACUGGAACUGGCGAAUGAGGAACUGCGAGCGCAAUACCGUUUCCUCGAUCUACGGCGAAAAGAGCUGGCCAAUAACAUAAAGCUACGGUCCCAGGUAGCCCAUAUCGCCCGGAACUACUUCCACGAGCAAGGAUUCACCGAGAUCGAAACCCCCAACCUCCUCCACCCCUCUCCCGAAGGCGCACGCGAGUUCCUCGUCCCCACGCGCCUCCUCACCCCUUCCGGCCAACCCACAUUCUAUGCCCUCCCCCAAUCCCCACAACAACCCAAACAGCUGCUCGUAGCCGGAGGCGGCGUCGAGAAGUAUUACCAGAUCGCGCGGUGUUUCAGGGAUGAAGAUGGGCGGAAAGACCGGCAGCCUGAGUUUACGCAGAUCGAUCUGGAGAUGGGGUUUGUGGAUGGUGCUGCAGCCUCAGGCGCGGCGGGGAGAGGGGGGAGCGGGACGUGGGGGAUCGGAGGUGGGCAGGUGAGGGAUGUGGUGGAGGGUCUGAUUAGGCAGGUGUGGAGGGAAGUGAAGGGGAUGGAGCUGGAAGAGUUUAGGGUGAUGCCUUAUGAGGUGGCUAUGGACGUGUAUGGCUCUGACAAGCCUGAUACGCGGUUCGAGAUGUACACAUUGCCAAUAGGCUACUACCCUACGCUGUCGGACGAGUCGCUCGACAAGAUCCUGCUGGAUGAAAGCCAGUACACCGUGGAAUGGAUGGUCACGGCCGGAGAGUACGCCAAGCAGGUGGAUAUCCCAUCACUGAUUGGGACGAACAAUUUCAUCCAGCAGAUCGCCAUCACGGAAGAGAAUGUCCAUUCCUGGCUCGCCGAUACGCCCCUUCUCAGCUCCAAGGGGCUUUCCAUUGACCCUUCUCUCCCUGGUGGGCCGAAUCCGGGGGACGUCAUCUUCCUAGCCCAGCGAAAGAAGAUUGCCGAAGGCGGCUGGACACAAUUGGGCAGACUGCGAGUCCAGAUGCUUGAGCAUCUCAUCAAUAAGGGCUCCAUCAUUCCACCACCCAAACCGCACUUCCUCUGGGUGACCCAAUUCCCCCUCUUUACACUUGCCGAUCCCGACAAGGAGCACCUCUCUAAGGGCCGAUACGCGGCGACCCACCAUCCAUUCACUGCGCCCAUGUUUGAGGACCUCGCGGAUCUCAAGGCGGGCAAGGUCGACAAGGUUCGAGGACAGCACUAUGAUUUGGUACUUGAUGGGCAGGAGGUAGGGGGCGGGAGUGUCAGGGUGCAUGAUGCGGGGCUGCAAGAGUAUAUCUUGAAGGAGGUGUUGCAGCUGAAUGAGGAUGAGGUAUCUCGCUUCGCGCAUCUUCUGCAAGCCCUCAAAUUUGGUGCACCACCCCAUGCUGGUUUGGCUAUUGGUUUCGACCGGCUCGUUGCCAUCCUGGCGGGCGCAAAGUCUAUCAGGGAGGUCAUCGCGUUCCCAAAGACUGGGGCGGGAUAUGAUCCGGUAUUCAAGUCGCCGAGGGAGGCGGAGGAGGGAGUGCUGAAGGACUAUGGACUGAGCGCGAUUGCGGACAAAGAGGGGAGAACAGCGGGCGGCCAAUAG